AUGCUUGCUCGUGCUCUGCCACCUGCUGUUCCAAACACUCAGUGCCUCUCCUCGACGUCGUUCACGAUCCCGCCUCUUGGACCCGGAUCGACCAUUGCGCAAACGGUCGAGUGGCACGCUGCGCACAGUGCCCAACAUCCACUCUUUGUAUACCCGCGUGAAGACGGCUCGCAGGGGAAGGUGACAUGGUCUGAAGUCGGCGAGGCUGUGAAAGUUGGCGCAACAAUUUUAUUGCAGCGUACGGGGUUGGACACUGACAGGACGGCAGAGGGGAGGCCAGUCGUAGGCAUUCUCGCACUAUCAGACAUGAUCCCCUACGCAACAACAUUCCUCGCAAUCCAGCGCGCCGGCUGUACGCCCUUCCCCAUCUCGCCGCGCAACUCCCCCGCGGCAGUCGCCCAUCUUCUCGCGAAUGCGUCCGUCGCGCACAUCCUCGUCGGGCCCGAAGAGAGCAUGCAGACGCUUCUCAGCGCCGCGCUUGAUAUCCUCCUUCACCCGCCUUCCUCCUCAACCCUCCCCUCAAAUACGGACACACCCGCCGUCCUCCCCCUGCCCACAUACACCGAUCUCUACCACCCCUCUCCCUCUACCCUCGCCUCCCUCCCCGCGCUCCCCGCUCUCCCGACAUACGACCCAGCGCCGUCCUCGAUAACAGCCAUAAUGCACUCCUCGGGCUCGACCGCGUUUCCGAAGCCCAUACCCUGGACAUCGCGCAACUACGCGGAUCUGCGGCUCGUGCCGUUCUUCGGCGAGCGCGAUCUGACGGGCAGCGUUUUUGCGCUGCAGACGAUGCCGAUGUAUCAUGGGCUGGGCGUUGUUGCGCUGUGCUGGGCGGCAGGCUGCGGCCUCACCAUCGGCGCAUUCGAGCCGCGCGUCGCGCACGCGCCCGCGACGGUGCCGACGCCCGACAACGUGUUCGCGGCUGCACGGACGAUACGCGCGGAUAUCGUGUUUGCGGUGCCGUCCAUGGUCGAGGCGUGGGCGACUAGGCCGGAUUAUGUGGAGUGGCUGGCGUCGAGGACGGGCGUUCUGUACGGCGGCGGCCCGUUGAACAAGGACACGGGCGACGCGCUGACUGCGCAGGGCGUGAACGUGUUUAUUUUCUAUGGGAGCACCGAGAUCGGUGUCGUGAGCCCGAUCCUGCCUGCGAGAGUCGGCUACGACUGGGAGUACUUUGCCAUUCCCGCGUUUAUCAAGCCCGAGCUUGUUCCCGUGGGCGAUAAUACGUUUGAGCUGCUCGUUCUUGCAAACACGUACUCCGUGCCCGCCGUAUUCAACACAGCGCUGAGCGACGGCGUCAAAGCGUACGCGACGUCCGACCUUCUCAGCCCGCACCCGACACGCAAGGGAUACUGGCGGGUGUUCGGGCGGACAGACGACCAGAUCAUGCAUUCGACGGGCGAGAAGACGAAUCCGGGCCCGCUGGAGAGCAUCCUAACCCAGGACCCGCACGUCGGCGCGUGCGUCAUGUUCGGGCGGGGCAGAUUCCAGCCAGGCGUGGUUGUCGAUCCCGCGCCGGGGUUUGAGUUUGAUCCGCGGGAUGCGGGGCGGGCGGAGGCGUUCCGGGGUGUUAUUUGGCCGAGUGUGGAGGCGAUGAACCGGUACGCGCCGCAGCAUUCGCGGGUGUUUAGGGAGAUGAUCGUGAUUUCGACGCCCGGCAAACCGUUCACGUAUACCGCCAAGGGCACCGUGCGCCGGCAGGCGGUCAUCCACGCGUACAGCGACGAGAUCGACGCGGCGUACGCGGCCGCGGAGAAGCUCGAAAGCGUUCAGAGUGGUGGGUUUGCGGUGCCGGAGGUGUGGACGGCCGACGCGGCGCUGGCGUUUGUGCGCGCGGUUGUGUGGAGGGUAGUGGGGAGGGAGGUUGGGGAUGGGGUGGAUUUGUUUCAGGUUGGGUGUGAUAGUUUGCAGGCGACGUGGAUACGCAAUACCCUUCUUCGUGCGCUUCAGGGUGCGUCCGCAGGAGCAGGGAUCGACGUGAGCAGUAUCACCGAGAACAUUGUCUACCGCCACCCGACGAUUUCGGCGCUUGCCUCGUUUCUCGUGGACGUCGCUCACGGAGAUAAAAUUACUUCGAACGCGAACGUGGUAUCGCAGAGGGCAGACCGCAUGCGCGCCAUGGCAGAGAAAUACAUCUCCAAGUCUGCACAAAGCACCUCUCCGUCUUCGCAUCGAAAGCGCUGCACUUCCCCGCUCGCAUCUGCGUCUGCGGCAAGAAACAGUGGACACGAAGCGGUCGGAGGCGCGGUGGUGCUCGUCACAGGCACGACGGGUAUGCUCGGGAGCCAGCUCCUCGCGGCGCUCGUGGGUGACCCGAGCGUGGGGCGCGUGUAUGCGCUCAAUCGCGCUCAGGCGCGUAGUGCCAGCGGCCCGGGCGAGUGCGUCAGGGCAAGGCAGGUGCGGGCGCUACGGCAGGCGGGGCUGGAUGUGCGGCUGUUGGAGAGCGAGAAGGUGGUGUUGGUCGAGGGUGAUUUGACGGAGGAGCGGUUUGGGAUGGGCGAGGUGUAUGAGGAGAUGCGGGGGAGUGUGACGCAUGUUGUACAUAACGCUUGGACGGUUAAUUUUAACCUCGGGCUUGAUUCGUUCGAGGGGAACAUCCGGGGUCUGCGGAGUCUGGUUGACUUUGUACUGUCGUCGUCUUUAUCGCGCUCGCCGAAGGUGGUGUUUACGAGUUCGAUUGGGGUUGUGCAGAAUUCAGGCUCGAAGACAGCUAUCCCGGAAACAGCCGUCGAAGCCGAAGUUGCAGUCGGCACCGGGUACAGCGAGUCCAAGUGGGUCGCCGAGCAUAUUCUGCAGCGUAUGGCGCAGACGCACGGGCUCGACGCGCUCGUUGUGCGCGUUGGGCAGCUGUGUGGCGCGGUGGAGAGCGGGGCGUGGAACGUGAAUGAGUGGGUGCCUGCGCUGGUGCAGGCGGCACAGGUGCUUGGGUGUUUCCCGAGCGAGGAUAAGGACGUGUCGUGGAUGCCCAUCUCCACCGCUGCUUCGGUACUAGCGGACGUGGCGCUGUCGAGCGGCACGGAGACACCGCGCAGCAGAGUCGUGCACCUCGUUCAUCCCCGGCCUGUUGCGUUUUCGAAGAUCGCAGACGCGUUUGCGGCGGAGCUGGAUGUGCAGGCGGUGUCGUACGGCGGGUGGCUGACGAAGCUGGAGGCGUUCGCCAGUCGUGCCCAGGACGGUCCGGCUGAUGAGCAUAAUGGUCAGCCCUGCGGAAACAAGACGUUGAGAGCCGUGCAGCUGCUCCCGUUCUUCCGUGCGCUCGCCGCUACCCGGACGGGUUCAGAAGCGCUGGGGUUUCCGAGGCUGGAAUGUACGCAGUUGGAGCGGUGCUCGGGGCUGGUGAGAGAGCGGGGCGUUGAGCUGCUGGGUGCGGGGGAUGUGGGGCGCUUCUCUCGAACACUCGUAAAGAAGCCAGCAUGGGCGCAAAUGAACACAAAUGAACACGGGCUACACACGGCUACACUGUCAAUGGGGAGCAGACCGAGCAGUCAUCGAGCAGAGAUGCACCCGGAAUACAUCUUCAACUUGCUCAUGUCUGACGUAGGGAUCUCGCACUCAAGCGAGAGCGACGCGAACAACCGCACGGGCGAUGAACGGGUGUCGAGACGCAUUCCUCCGGCUCCUCAAUCGCAGGCUCUGACUUCGGCGACGUUCAAGGUCGCGCCGCUUGAUGGAUCUUUAACCUUUCCGGAGGUUGUGGACUGGCACGGCGUGCAUAGCUCUGAUCAUCCGCUUUUUGUCUACGCGAAGGAGGACGGGAGCACGCGUGCGAUCACUUGGUCGGAAGUUGCCAGCGCCGUGUCUGUGGGCUCAAGGCUCCUGCGGCAGCGCACCAAGGUGGUUGGGGCGGGUGAGAGGCCCAUUGUUGGGAUCCUCGCUAUCUCAGUGCUGAAAGCGAGUCUCCUGCGAGCGAACUUUGUCCCGUUCCCCAUCUCGCCGCGAAACUCUGCAAUGGCCGCCGCUCACCUGAUAGAGCAGGCCAAUGUCGACUUCAUUCUGGUCGGCCGCGAGCAGAGCAUGCAAGAUCUGCUCGACGAGGCGCUCUCUGUCCGCCGCGACAAAGCCUCUGCGUCGCCCGCUUUGAAACUACCCACCGUCGUCCCGCUGUUCACGUUCGACGAAUUAUUCUCUCCCUCGCCUGACGUCCUCGCGUAUCUCCCCGACCACACGCCGUUCAUCAGCAGCGGCCCCGACGCAGACCUCAUCAUCCUACACUCGUCGGGCUCGACCGCGUUCCCGAAGCUCAUCCGGUGGAGCAACAUCCGCGGCACGCAGAUCUCGCUCAUCCCGUUCUUCGGCGACCACGAUCUCACGGGGAAGGUGUUCUCGCUGCACACGGUGCCGAUGUACCACGGGAUGGGGUUUAACCAGCUGCUGUGGGCGGCGGGCUGCGGGUUGACGAUCAGCGCGUUCGAGCCGAAGGUCCCUGCGAUGCAGCCGACGCCGGAUAAUCUGUUCGUGGGCGCGAAGAGGACGUCGAGCGAUUUUAUCUACUGUGUUCCAUCUGUCAUUGAGGACUGGGCGUCGAAACCUGACUACGUCCGAUGGCUUGCCACGAGAUCAGGCCUCCUGUUUGGGGGCGGACCUUUGAACAAGGAGACGGGAGACUUCAUGUUUUCGCAAGGUAUCGGUAUGUAUAUCAUGUAUGCAGGCACCGAGAUGGGUCCAGUGGGCCCUAUGAUUCCAGCGAACGUGGACAAGGAUUGGGAGUUCUUCACCAUCUCGAAACAGAUCCAGACCGAAUUCGUGCCGUACAGCGAGAACACGUUCGAGCUCGUCAUAGUCUCAAACGACUUUUGCGUGCCGAGCGUGCUCAACACGGACGUGAACGGCAAGAAGGCGUACGCGACGUCCGAUUUGCUCGAGCCGCACCUGACCAAGAAGGGGUACUGGCGGGUCUUUGGAAGGGCUGAUGAUCAGAUUAUGCAUAGCACUGGCGAGAAGACGAAUCCGGGCCCGCUUGAGAGCAUACUCAAUCGCGAUCCGCACGUAACCGCUUCGGUUAUGUUUGGUCGGGCCAGCCCGGCCAAGCCAUUCACAUACACGGCCAAGAACACCGCGCGGAGACAGGCAAUCCUCAACGCAUACACUGACGCAAUCGGAGCUGCGUAUGCAGCCGCACAUCAGAGCGCGCAAAGCAGCAUCGAGCCACCGGCCGAGUGGAGCUUGGAGCUAACAAGCACGUUCGUAUCACCUCCUGAUUCCUCUGCUACCCAAUGGUCUUUCGUACUAACCACUGCCAGUCUGCAGGCAACGUGGAUCCGCAACACCGUCCUCCGUGCCCUGCGCGAUUCCGCGUCCACAUCCGUCAAUACGCGGAAAAUCAGCGAGAGCGUCGUGUACCAGCACCCGACCAUCAAUUCGCUCACGGCGUUCCUUGUCGAAGCCGCCCGCGGUAAUGCCGAAGACGCCGGGGAGUUUUCAAUCUCCCAGCGGGUGGAAGCGAUGCACAGAAUGGUGGAGAAGUAUAUAACAGGGGAUGCUCCUACGCGAGAGACGACUUCUGCGAACGGGCGACUCAAAGGCAACGGCACCGUGGUACUUGUCACUGGGACGACCGGUGGACUGGGCAGCCACAUCCUGGAUGUGCUCGUCAAGGACUCUCGGGUGAGGCACGUAUUCGCGCUCAAUAGAUCAAGCCGUGCCGGGGAAGAUAUUCGGACGCGCCAGAGACGAGGGUUCGUGCAGGCGGGUUUAGAUGAAGGGGUAUCGUUGGAUAAUGUGACGUUGGUGAAAGCCGAUUUGGUGGACGAUCAUCUUGGGUUAAGACAAGAUUUAUACGACGAGAUGCUUAGGAGCGUGACGCAUGUCAUUCACAACGCAUGGAACGUCAACUUCAACCUCGGUCUCGACUCGUUCGAAGACAACAUCCAGGCUACACAGAACCUUGUCAGGUUCUCCCUGUCAUCGCAUCUUCCGGCACCACCGAGAGUCGUCUUCACGAGUUCUAUUGGGGUAUUUCAAAAUGUACGGCAUAAGCAGUAUCUCGCUGAGACGCCCAUCAAAGCAGAAGUCGCCGCCGGACUCGGGUAUACCGAGUCAAAGUGGGUUGCCGAGCGCUUGCUCAUGCAUAUGGUUGGUGCUUUCCCCGGGCUGGACGUCUUGAUAGCUCGCGUGGGGCAGCUUUGUGGCACAAGUGGAAAUGGAGCGUGGAACGCGAAGGAGUGGUUCCCUGCGCUCGUCCAGGCGUCGCAGGCUAUGGGUUGCUUUCCCACACAGGACAAGGCCGCAUCGUGGAUACCUAUAUCAGCGGCUGCAUCCGUCCUUGUGGAUCUGACUCUCUCGAGUUCGAAACCCAAGGACAGUAUCGUCCAUCUUGUCCAUCCUCAGCCUGUUAUUUUUUCGUCGCUUGCAAGCCAUUUCGCUUCGAUGCUCGACGUACCGCUCGUGACGUAUGACGCAUGGUUAUCCAAGCUCGCGGCUCUAUCGGAUGAUGCGAGCAGUAUUCCGCGCGUCCAACCGAAUGGCGAUGGCAACGACUAUAGCAGCAUUCGCGCGCUUCAGCUGCUCCCGUACUUCCGCGGUCUCGCUUCGAACGCGGACAGUGGCGAUUCAUUUGGACUUCCGUCGCUGGACUGCUCGCAGUUGAAAUUAUGUUCGAAGGCUGAUUUGAGCACUGAAAUGGAGAGUUUAGGUCAAGCGGACGUCGUGAAGUGGGUCGCAUAUUGGCGGCAAGUUGGACUGUUGCGUCAGGUUGUGUAGGCAUCUUCGGAGUUCAGUCUAAUUGAUCUGCAGUUUUAUUUCU